UAUGCCUUAUGCUUUCUACUUCUACUUCUACUACUACCAUUUCCCACCCCUGCUCAAACUUACCAUAAUAUAUCGCUUAAAUCGUCCCUUGUUGCAGGGGAAGAUAGCAGUCCUUGGGCCUCACCAUCCGGCGAAUUUGCUUUUGGUUUCCAAAAAAUUGGCAACAAGGGCUUCAUACUAGCCAUCUGGUUUGACAAAAUACCUGAAAAAACUAUUGUGUGGUCAGCCAAUGGAAACAACUUGGCGGAAGAAGGAUCAACUGUUGAACUCAACACAUUUGGACAGUUAGUGCUCAAUGAUGCAUCAGGAGAACAAAGGUUGCUAUCUGACCAUCACUCAACUCGAGGUACUAGAGUUGCCUAUGCAGCCAUGCUUGACUCAGGAAAUUUUGUGCUGGCUGACCAAGAGUCAAACAAUUUGUGGGAGAGUUUUGAUCAACCAACUGAUACAAUCUUACCUACACAGACUCUCAGUAUAGGUAGUGUUCUCUUUGCUCCCUAUACUGCUACGAAUUACUCAAAUGGAAGAUUCCAGUUAAUACUAGAGUCUAAUGGAAAUGUUGUUCUAUAUACAACAAACUUUCCCUUGAAUUCUACUAAUUUCCCUUACCAUACAAAAAAAAACAUCCACAAGCAGGCAUUCUGUAGAUGCAGAUAAUACCUUUCAGGUCAUCUUCAACCAGUCUGGUUCUAUUUAUGUUACCGACAGAAAUAGAACCUUGCGUAGUAUACUGUCACCUAAGACAGUUUCAACGCAGGAUUUUUACCAGAGAGCAACUCUUGACUAUGAUGGAGUAUUUAGGCACUACAUCUACCAGAAGAACAAUGUCUCAAGUGUUUGGUCCACUUUCUUCUUCAUGCCUGAAAAUAUCUGCUGGCAACUAACAGAAGAGACAGGCGGUGGCGCAUGUGGUUUCAACAGCAUAUGUAGACAAGAUGAGAAAGGACCAACUACUUGUGAGUGCCCCAAGAAUUACAUAUUUAUUGAUCCAAAUGAUGAGAGGAAAGGAUGCAAGCAAAACUUUCUUCCCCAAAGUUGUGAUGAAGCCUCACCAGAAACUGAUCUUUUUGGAUUUCAAGUGAUGCUAAACACAGAUUGGCCUAAUGGAGAUUAUGAGCAUUUUCAGCCAGUAACAGAGGAAUGGUGCAAGAAAAUAUGCCUAAGUGAUUGUUUCUGUGCCCUUGCCAUUUACGAUGGAUCGAGAUCCGAUUGUUGGAAGAAGGGAAUCCCUCUUUCAAAUGGGAGGGUUGACCUCGGUGUUGGUUGGACAUCUCUGGUCAAAAUAAGAUUACACAAUUCUACCUGGAGACUGCCAGCUAUUCCAGAUGCAAAGAUGAGACAUACUUCAAAUUUGGUUCACAUUGGAUCAGUGCUCGUGCUACUAAUAACCUAUUUGGUUGUUGCUAUGAUCACCUACUUGGUUGUUUCUCGUAUCUACUCUAGGAAAGCAAAAGUCAUUGACCUUUACCCAGUCAAUCUAAAAUGUUUCACUUACGUGGAGCUCAAGCAAGCUACAAAUGGAUUCAAGGAAGAACUAGGUCGUGGUGCUUUUGCGACAGUUUUCAAAGGAGUUUUAGCAUGUGAUAAAGGGAAGGUAGUUGCUGUAAAAAGAUUGGACACAGUGGUUAGAGAAAAUGACUGGGAAUUCAAAGCUGAAGUAGGUGCAAUUGGUGGAACAAAUCACAGAAAUUUAGUCAAACUACAAGGAUUCUGCAACGAGGGGCAGCACCGAAUUCUUGUGUAUGAGUUCAUGAGUAAUGGCUCUCUAGCAAGCUUCCUCUUUGGAGAGGUGAGGCCAACGUGGUAUCAAAGAAGGUUGAUUGCCUUGGGAACUGCAAGAGGGCUCUUAUAUUUGCAUGAGGAGUGUAGCAGCCAAAUCAUACAUUGUGACAUUAAGCCUCAGAACAUUCUUCUAGAUGACUCUUACACGGCAAGAAUUGCUGACUUUGGAGUAGCCAAGCUUUUGAAAACAGACCAAACUCGAACAACGACUAGAAUCAGGGGUACAAAAGGGUACGUGGCCCCAGAAUGGUACAAAAGUUUGCCUGUCACAGUGAAAGCUGAUGUUUACAGCUAUGGUGUUUUGCUAUUGGAGAUUAUUUUCUGCAGGAAGAAUUUCGAGGCAGAGGCAGAGGAUGAUGAUCAAAUGAUACUAGCUGAUUGGGCAUAUAAUUGCUAUAAGCAACAGAAAUUGCAUCUGUUACUGCAGAAUGAUGAUGAUGAAGCGAAGGAUGACAUCAAAGCGGUGGAGAAGUCUGUGAUGAUUGCAUUUUGGUGCAUUCAGGAGGAUCCAUCAAUGAGACCAACCAUGAAGACUGUCACACAGAUGCUUGAAGGAGUAGUUGAAGUGUCCGUCCCACAAAACCCGUCCUCAUUGUAUGCAAUUUAAGUAAUUGCGAUUAUAAUUUUAACUCUGUUUUAUUAUGGACUCAAAACCAGCAACUUGGUUAGUCAGAUAGUCCA